UUGCAAUUGGCGGAUUAUAUAAGGCAUUUGAGUCGCGGCUGCAUUGAUUUUCCAUUGACAAAUGGCGCGUCUCGUCGAGAGCAAUUGAAUGAUCUUUUGCUUUUUUCUUGGCCAAAUGCCUCGGUGGUUUUGCAUAGGCGUUCAUUGUUGGUCAACAGUGAUGGGAACUAUUUAGGCUCAUCUUAGGUAUUUAUCUAAAAAGCCUUUUAAUUCCGUGUGGUACAUUUUCCUAGAUGCCCGCUAGGUAAUUAUUCUCCAGUCUUAAUGGCUUAAAAACUAUUUUAAAUAUUGCCAGAUGUUUAGGUAUAAUAAAGUACAAUUUUUUUGUAUUUGUACCUAAUCUAGCUUCUAUAUUUGAUCAUAAAUAAGAUUGAAAUAUUUAUAUAAAGUAUUAAAAACAGUAGACUAAUAAAAACCUGUCUAUUGACAUAGUUUACUGUAAUUUCACGUAGUUAAAAACUAUAUUUUUGUUCAUUGUAAAAAAAUGUUAUAUACAUAAAAAUAUAAUUUCACUGCCUAGAGAGAGCUCUAAAUGUGGUAAAGCAUUUGUAUCUUUUCUGAUCCGAAGAAGUGGCACACCUCUACCGGCUAUCUAGUUUUAUUUUUAACGUAUCUGUAGGCUCGUAGCGUGAGCAAAAUAGUACCAUUCUCAUCACUGUUGGCCAGUGACGUCGCCGGUUUAAGAAUAGAGAUGAUGUCCGCCUGGUGACUUGAGAGCAUGAGUGAUGCGGAUCGUCUGGUGGCCAAUCUGCGCCAGGAUCCCGUCCGUCUGCCUAAGGAGUUGGAGGUGCGCCAGCUGUGUCGUUCCCUGAGUGACUUACUCGCCGGCGAGGCCAACCUGCUGAGCCUGCAGAGUCCGCAGAUCGUGUGCGGCGACAUCCACGGUCAGUUCCAAGAUCUGCUGCACCUGCUGGAUCUGGGUGGAUCGGUCGACCAACAUCGGUACUUGUUCCUGGGUGACCUAGUGGAUCGGGGCAAGAACAGCGUGGAGACUUUUCUGCUGCUAGCUGCCCUCAAAGUCCAAAAUCCCGGGCAAGUGAGCCUGUUACGGGGAAACCACGAGUGCCGCAGUGCCACCCGGUCCUAUGGAUUCUACGAGGAGUGCCUGGCCCAGUAUGGUUCUGCCAAUGUCUGGAGGAUGUGCUGCCGAGUCUUUGAUCUCUUGCCCCUUGCGGCGAUUAUUGAUGGGGAAAUCUUUUGCGUACAUGGAGGCCUGUCGCCCGAAAUCCAACAGUUAGAUGAGUUUCCUAAGCUGGAUCGGUGCCACGAGAUCCCCGAAAGCGGCUGUAUAGCGGAUCUUCUUUGGAGCGAUCCCCAGGGAGCACCCGGAUGGACUGCAUCGCCACGCGGUCAUGGCCAACUCUUUGGCGGGGAUGUGGUGGAGGAGUUUAACCGAAGGAAUGGAAUCUCACUCAUAUGCAGGGCGCAUCAGUUGGCAGCAGAUGGCUUCCAGUGGCAUUUUGGCCAACAGCUGGUGACCAUCUGGUCGGCACCCAACUAUUGCUAUCGCUGCGGCAACAAGGCGGCAUUUCUGCGUCUCAAUUCUGGCAGGGAUUACGGUUUUGAGGUGUUCGAGGCCCAGGCGCUGCACACCAAACCGCAGCCAAAGAGACCGAGAAAGCGAUGUCGUCAGUUUUUUCUAUGAUGCAAUCUACCAGUGGUGAGCCUUAUCCCAAGAUGCAAUACAAUGUCAAGUUCACAGAGAGGAAGAAUCAGCUGUUGCAACUAGUCGUACUCAUACACCCACCCAUCUCUCUUAAAAAGUAACUCUGACAUUCCACAUUACUCUUAAUCUCAUAAUCAAUAAAAUACAAAUAUACUCAGUA